AUGGCUACCAAGGUCCACUGCAUCGUGUGCUUCGAGGCCCUCGAUGCUCAUCUGAACAAACGAAAGGCCCUGACUCUGGAAGAAAUCCAAGAAUUAUCGGCACCUACGCCAGAGUCAGAGCUCACCUCGCCCAAAGCUCUCGACGACCCCAGUCUUCAACAUCUCGCAGUCCCUGACGCCGGUGCUUCAUCCUCUUCUUCAUCGACCUCCCUAGGUGUAUCAACACCGGCCACGAGCACCUCUUCUCUGCCCAUUCUUCCGAGCUCCGCUCCGCUGUUUGUAACAUGGAAUACCAUGGAUGACGACGAGCCCAUGCUACGUGGCUGCAUUGGCACCUUUGAAUCCCAAGAUCUCUCCGAAGGCAUCCCAGAGUACGCCCUCAUCUCCGCACUUCACGACACCCGCUUCCCGCCCAUUAAAAAGUCCGAGCUGCCCACCCUGCAGGUAGCAGUCACGCUACUCACAGACUUUGAAGAAGUCGAUGACAUCUUCGACUGGGAGAUUGGUGUCCACGGCAUCCGGCUCUCCUUCCACGACCGCGGCCGCCGUUACGGCUCCACAUAUCUCCCCGAUGUCGCCUCCGAGCAGGGCUGGACCAAGGACGAAGCGCUCUUCAGCCUCAUCCGCAAGGCCGGGUGGACUGGCAGCCGGGGCCGCUGGAAGGACUUGGAUCUCAAGGUCACUCGUUACCAGGGCAAGAAGACCACUAUGCAGUAUGCCGAGUACAAGAAGUGGCGGGACGCUGUUCAGGCGUGA